CUGAGACUCAUCAUGUCAUAAGGCUGCAGAAUGCCUAGGAAUCGUUGCAAGAUUCGCAGGGGCUGUUUGUUCCCCGACGUCACGAAGUGAGAUGAGGGAGGUGCCCCCAAUUCGACUACCUAUCGGUUCCAGAAUUCAUCUGCUCGGGGUAGUGCACUCGACUGGCCUCCACAGGAGGUCGACCCUUGCAUUCAUCGUAUAGAGGCAAUGGGUCCGCGGUAUUCAACCCUUACACACAGACCGCAGAUGAAUCUCAUUACCACCAGUUAUCGGGAACCACCACUGCCUCCAGUUUCUGGCAGAACUUGCCUGCAGGCUUCCACCCUUCGCUACCACCCCCCGUACUUGGCCGGAACCAGGGACACCCAAAACAACAGGGAUCCCAUGGAAUCUCCAGCUCAUCCAAACUCGGAGGAAACUCAUUUUCGCCGUGUAUGGAUUCUAUGGGAUAUGAGCCAUUGCGUUGACCAGGUAACUCCGACCGUCAGCGGCUACCAAUCGGACAACAAUGGUACCACAGGUACGACAGUGUUAGGCCAUCAACCACCGAGGAAGUGUCUUUUUACCGGCCGACGACGCCCCAUUACAAAUGUGCAACUGUUGUAUUCCCUACUUCCCCCAGCUUGUGCUAUUUUAUGAAGACACACCGCUCGCGCGCCCUUAAUGUCGAACGUGGGGGGGAUGUAUAUUGCUACAGCAUAUCUCACGGCCUGGACACCAGUAUUUACAGAUUAUAUCUACGCAGACAACUAGGUGCGACGUUGUAAAUGGGGAGUCGUAAAUUAGUAAU